CCCUCUGUAUAACUGAAGUGAAAUUGUUUGCAUCAGUUGUGUGCGAGUAAGUUUAAAAUCUUACUAAAACUGAAAAUCCUUGAACUUAUUUAUUACCGAAACGAAUGAAUUGUAUACAUUUAUAAUUAGAUUUGGAUGUGCUCACUUCCUCGCAAAGCUAAAGCUUUUAGUAGCAAUUAAUAUAAACCUGCUUUAAGGAUUUUGCAAGUUGACGUGUAGCUCAUUAUCAAACACCUUUGACACUUGAAUCGUUACUUCUUAAGAGAUUAAUAGAAGUAUUAAGUAAAUAUUGAAGGUACAAACUUUUAAUCCAAUAACAUGCCGUAACUUCGUCUGGGGGUAUUAGAGCAUUACAGAAUAAUCUGCACCGGAAAAUAAUAUUUGGUCGAAGUUUGAAAGGAGGAAAGCAAAUUGCAAGUGGUCAGAACUAAUCAAAGAAACACGAUUUUUGUCUGCAUUUCGAAAGUUCUUUUCCGAUUGCAUAAGUUUCAUCAAUAAGGAAAAUCCAUUUUUAUUGACUCCUGAUAUAUAUAUAUAAAUGUAUAACCUUCAAGAAAUAAAGACAGAGUCAUUGAUUAGCAGAAGCACUACAUUUAAGUCAAAAUGAACAACGCUAUUCUGACAUUACUCGCUAUAGGCUGGUUGAUGCAAUGUCUUGUACAAAUAGCAACGACACAGUGCAUUCACUCACCAGAUGCUGAAGAACAAAAGUUACAACUGAAGGAAAAGGCAUUUCGUGAUUAUCUACUUGGACAUUGGACAUACACCACGAUUGACGAAUAUCGCAAAAACACGAGACCUCGUCGCCUGAAAAACCUGAUAGAUCUAAUGCCGAGGCAAAGUAGGAUCUAUGGAGAGCAAAGCUGCAGGAAAAAUAGAAACGUUGCACAUGAUUCAGAUAUAAGUUCAAAAUCUACAUGUCCCUGGUAUAUUGUAAUGGAUGUUGAUUUUCAGAGAGAACCACAAUCAAUUGCUAAAGCGAAAUGUUCAUGCAAGCGCUGUUUUACAAUUGACAGGAGCGGUAGAACAAGAGACAGGUGCGCGGAGGUGAAGUCUUUCAUUCCCGUUAUUAAAUGGAGAUGUCCAAACAACUUUUCCGGGACUGCACCGAAUUAUUUUGAAUACUUUGUAGACUUUGAAACUGUCCCAGUAGGGUGUACAUGUAAACGACCUGUAGAAGUAACACAUUAACUGUUAUCUGACAGAGAAUUACGCAGAAUUGGCGUGACUAGGCAGAGCAGGGACUAAUACUAGUUGAAGCUCGAUAUCUCGAAUUCAAAGUUAUUGAGCGUUUUACUUCGUAAAAGCCGAAACUUGACUUAAAAUGAUAUUUUGUGCACGGGCUUUUCAGGACGGGACUUCGAGAUAUCCGGAAUUUUGAAAUAAGCGAGUUGGUGAUAUCGAGCUUCAGCUGUAUUUCCAUACUGAAAUUUUUAAGUAGUUAAACACAAACAUUUCAUAGCUUUUCAAAUGCUAAAGUACGUUGAUAUUUAAUUUGACUUCUAACUACGCUUAUCAUCAGGUAUGUCCUCACAUAUAUAUAAUUCAUUUCAUCAUUUAACAUAUGUUAAAUAUUGACUCAUAGUUCUCAUUUAAGACACAUUUUACAAUAUUUUCUAGUCAGUAACUUUUCAUUUGAUAUUAUAAUGUUGUCUUGAAGUAUUUGUUUCACAACGCCUCACGUUUUUAUUUUGUUUACACCUAAAAUGGUUACACCCAAAAUUUACUUUUAUCAUUGUUUACACCUUGAUUAACUGUAUACAUAAUUGUUUACAACUGAACUAUACUCAAUAUUAAUACCUUUAAGAUAUUUCAGAGAAAUUUGUAAUUUUGAAGCCAACUGGUUAUCUAUUCUAUUUCUCUAUACAUUGUAUAUAUACAUAUAUAUAUAUAAUCAUUGACAACAUGUUUACGUAUGUUCAGUUCAACCACGACAUUUAACUUUUGCUACUGUGUACAUUUUGAGUCCGAUAUUUUUAUUGCGUAAGUGUACUGAUUUAUACUCAUAAAUGCUAUGAAAUAGCAACAAUUUUUAGUCAUUUUUUACAUUUGUUUAAAACAAC